AUGAAGACAUCGAGUAUUCUGAGGAGGGCUGCCGAUAAAGUCAAGAUCUUCUUCGUUCACAGUACGCAUCAUAGUAAAGAUGGCCGCCGGUCCGAAGCGAUAGGAGACGUUGAGGAAUUCAUUAAGGGCAGGAAACUCGAAGGCCGCGGAGUUGCCCAAGCCGCAAUCAGAUCCUCGUACCAUAAGAGUCCCGAAGACCGACGAGAACAUCUCACCGUCGACUUCCUGGACAAGGACGGCAACUUCAUUACUACCCGACAUGUGUGUAGCAGCGACGAUGAAAAGUAA